AUGGACCGUUACCACCAGGGCCAGGGCAAGUUGUGCUCCCGCAGUGUCGACCCCCGCAGUACACCUGGCGAACAGGACGUCACGGCCGUGAUCACAGACCUCAUCCAGCCCUCUGAUCACUACCCCUUGACCCCCAUCCAUAUGGGCACGUAUGACGCUUACGGAGACAGGAGCACAGGUGGUUUUCUCAUCUGUUCUUCUGCCGCUCGUCCCGGCCGGGGCCGCCCCGGGCUGUGGGGGGGGCGGGCCCCGCGCGGGGGGGGGCACCUGGGGUCCCGGCCUUGUCCUCGCGGCGCCGCCACGGUCCCAGCCGGGUGCGAGGUCGGACCCAAAGCUGGAGCCCGUGGCAGCCGUGGGCUUCCCCUUCCCGGCGGGAGCUGCAGGAGCAGGACCCAGGAGGGGCUGAGGGUGCAGAAGUGCCUCGUGUCGUCCAGACCGGAAACCUUGCUUUUCGUUUUCAGGCUGGCAGAGUUGCAGCCUCUCCGGGAGGUGUUUGAGGACGUGGCAGUGUAUUUCAUACAGGAGGAGUGGGAACUGGUGGAAGAGGAGGACAAGGGGCUUUACCGGGACCAGAUGCUGAGGAACUACCAAGCCCUCGUUUCCCUGGGAUAUCGAGGUCCCACACCUGACUUGAUCUGCCGCAUCCAGCGAGAACAGGUCGAGCUCUGGGUCAGUGAUGAUGUGUACUGUGGGGCAAUCUUGAGGCUGGAGGACCUGCUGUCAGAUAAAGCCUCAGGUGGCCGGUUCAACCAGACAGCAAAGACAAGCGACAUCUCCCAUUAA